AAUAAGUGGUAUCGUCUUUCAAAGUUUUAAGUUCCAAUUCCAACGAUAGUUCCUUGGUUUCGAUUCCGAAGCUUGGCGAAAGCGCUGAAAAUUGUGUAAAGUAGUUUUUUUAAUGGAUUUUUUAUCGUUUAUCUUAUAGUGCAUAAUACGUAAACACCAAUAAUGUUUUGGGGUGCAAACUACACUGUGGCGAGGGAGUUAAAGUUUCUUCUAAAAGAGGAGAAUUUUACCCUGGCUCAAGUAUUGGAGGCGGAUGAUAUAUUACAAGAAUGUAAAGCAGAUAACAAAGACUUGAUUCAGUUUCUCACUCGGCCAGAAAUCUUAUCAGAGCUGGUUACUCUGAUCAUAGAAGAGCCUCCAAAGGAUGUAGAGCUGACCCUGCAAUACAGGCAUGCUAACAUAGCAUGUGAAGUAUUGACCAGUCAAUUGUCCACUCUGAGCCACUGUCUGUGUAUGGAUGCCAUCCAAAUGAACAGGCUUUGUGAUUUUGUCAGUCGAGAUCCACCACUCAAUCCACUGUUGGCCUCUUACUUUAGUAGAACCAUUGAAGUUCUACUUAAAAGAAGUACAAAACAGGACUGUUAUUCUCACUCCAUAGUUUGUCUAAAGACGUUAGACUUUUUUAAGGCCAAAAGAGAAUUUCUGCCAAACCUCUUGAGGCACAUUUCAACGUCAGCUAUAGCAGAUACAUUCAAAUAUUUUAUAUGUAUUGAGAACCAAUUCAAUAAAGUUGUAAUUGAGUGGUUUGAGGAGCACCAGUUUUUGGAGAGCCUGAUACAGAUAAUUUGCUGCACAUACGAACUAGAUGUUAUCGAGAGACAUGUGACUCCGGAGGUGCAAACACAGAACAAUAUUGAGAAAGGUGUGGCAGAGACAAGUGAGCAGAUUGACACAAACCACAAAGAUGUAACAGAUUCCUGCAAAGAUGCUGAUGAGGAGACGCUGGCGGAGCGAACAAGAAGAAUAAAAACAGUCGCGUCAGACAACGCGACAGCGCUGUUGGCCGACCUGGCCACGGGUCUCAUCUGUAAUGAUUUGUGGAAUGCUGGCGGCGCAGUGGGCAGAGACAUCGCGGGCAGCCUGCGCAGCGAGGGCUCCGUGCAGCUGUUGCUCAAGAGCGUGUUCACGUCGCCGCGCCCGCUGCGGCACCACGCACUUGUCAACGGCUGCCGGCUGCUCAUUGCGCUCAUACACCAAGAGGAAGGCACGGAGUCGAGCGGGUCAGAUCGCGAGGAGGUGGAGCGUGCGAUAGCGCCGCAUCUGCCGCUGCUCCACCGCGCGCUGCUGCGGGAACCGCCGCCGCCUGCGACGCCCGUGCGGCGCGACACCGACCCGCCCCGUGUGGCGCUUGUUCGCAGGAGACGAGUGGGGUCCGCGCGCUUGCACGUGGCGGCUCUAGUGGCUCGUCUGAUGCUGUCCAAGGUGGACGAUGUGCACACGGCGCUGCUCAGCCUGGGCACAUGCGGCGUCCUGCUCGACAUGUUCUUCGAGUUCCCCGACAACAACUUCUUGCACGCACACGUGUACUCCAUGCUGUUCAACGGACAAUACAAUAGCACCCACUGGCCGCGCCACCGAGCUCUGUUGAACGGUGAAUACCAGCUGGAAAAGCGUCUGAUUGACGCCUUCGAACGGAACGACAGCUUGCAGUGCCCGCAACGCGCCGGCUACAUGGGCCACGUGGUGGGGCUGCUUCGUCUGCUGGCCAGAGACUUCGACCUGGAGCAGGACUCCUCGAGCGUGGCGGCCGGAGAGCGAGAGACCUUCUACCAGAUGAAGCUGGCGCCAUUGCUGGAGCAAAUGUACCGGCCCCUGGGUGGGCAGUAUCCUAGAGGCUCAGUUUAUGAUGCGGACGAGCCCGCGGGCGGAGCCACUCCGGACAGCUACGAGAUGGUGUCCGCUCGCAACAACUUCCUGGAGCUCGCUGCCGAGCGCUGCGACGAUCCAGACGUUGGCUGGGGAGAGCAGUUCGAUGGCUACUUCCAAGAGGUGGAGGAACGAGCGCAGGCUGGGGACGAGCACGGGGGAGCAGGUUGUAACACGUGGUCUUCCGCGUGGGAAGACGACGAAGGCGAGGCGGGUGACUGCUGGGCGCAGUUUGGUGCCCUGGACUGCGCCCCUGUAGACCCUUAUGCACCGCUUCCACCGCCGCGUGACUACGCGACCCCACUAGCUUCCGACGAAGGUGGUAAUGAUGAACCAUCUUAUCCGCACCCCACAAAGACUGCGGUCGAUAGGCGUGCACACGACGAAGAGGAUACGGCCGCCGUUUCAGAAUGCCCGUUGGCUGAACAGCUUGCCGCCGACAAUAUGGAGGCGCUCAGAGCGGCCCUAGACGCUUGUGUCAUCGCUGACGUCACUCCAGCCGGCGCGAGCAGCAUACGAGCGGACCCGGAGGCGCCCGAAGAAAAACCGAGCGACCCGAGAGCGCCCGAGUCUGUGUCGAGUGCUGUUAACGAGCCGAAGAUACCCGAUGACAAUGGGAACAUCACCGAGUCGCAGGUGGAGGCCGCCUCGUGCUCUGCCGAGUCGGACACAAGUUCGCCCGAAGCCGAGAGGUCGUAACGGUAACUUGUGCUGGACUCCGGAGCGUGGAGUGAGAGCUGAGAGCUGAGAGUUGAGAGACACAAUGACAGGAUCAAAACAUACCGCUCACGAGGAAACAAGAAGUACGCAUAAAUUAUUAAAUCUUCAAAUAUAUCAAAGUAAUCUCAAGAAUUGUAACAAAAUUAUUGUCAUUAAUGCUUAGUUCUUCAUUAUUUAUGUACCUAUACUUUAAUUAUUUAUUUAUCACUUUAUACAGAUCAACAUAGACUAUAAUAUUUAUCAAUUUAAUAAGUUUACUCUCUAUAAUCAUAAUACCUACUAUAUAUUUUAUUAGGACAUUACAUCAACAACAUAAUCAAACAACAAGCUACAAUAAGUACCCGCCAACAUGCCAUGCCC